AUGGAGAAAGUACUGCAAAACCUUCAAAAGGAAUUCGCAUCCAUAAGGUCUUUAAGAGCUCACCCAAGCUUAUUAGAGAAUUUAAAAGUUGAGAUUUAUUCUCAAAGUAUGCUUUUAAAAAAUGUCGCUUCUAUCUCGGUGCAAGACACAAAUACUUUAUUGGUUACUGUUUGGGAUCAAAGUGCGGUUCAAGGUGUUGACAAAGGUAUUCGAAACAGCAACAUGGGAUUUAACCCCAGAAUUGAAGGCAAUAAGCUUUAUAUUCAUAUCCCCCCUAUCACGACUGAGCGUCGACAUGAGUUCAUUAAGAUUGCCAAGGAGAAAGCAGAAAAUGCUCGUAUUUCCAUCCGAAGUAUUCGACGCCAAUUUAAUGAUGAAAUAAAAGAAAAAAAUAAAUCAGGAGAAAUCAGCGAGGAUAUUCAAGAAACAUCUCUUAAAAAAAUUCAACAAACCACUGAUUCUUUCUCUGAAAAAAUCGAUCAUAGCUUAAAAGAAAAAGAAAAAGAUUUAGUGAGUUAA